CUCACAUCAGUCCAACUCGACCUCAAAUUAUAACCUCCAUCGACAUCCACAAAAGAAUAAAAGUAUAUAUAGCUAACCUUUUGAUGGCAUCUACUGAAAACCCCGACCCAGAAACCGGAAAAUCUGAACCGCUUCCAGCGUCGGUGGAACAACCACCACCGUCCUCAGCUGCCGGUUUCUUAGAUUGCCGGAAAAUAGACAUCGUACUAAGAGUUCUGUUUUUCUCCGCCACACUAACUGCUCUAAUAGUAAUGGUGACCAGCGACCAGACCGAGAUGGCUCAGCUCCCUGGAGCUCCGUCUCCUGCUCCUGUCUCCGCCGAGUUCAACGACUCGCCCGCUUUCAUAUAUUUCGUGGUGGCUCUUGUGGUGGCUAGUUUCUACGCCUUAAUCUCAACACUUGUUUCCAUUUCUCUACACUUGCGACCUGAGUUCGCUGCACAGUUAUCCAUUUACCUAGCCUCCUUUGACAUGGUGGUGGUGGGGAUUUUGGCGUCUGCGACGGGAACGGCGGGAGGAGUUGCGUACAUAGCGUUGAACGGAAACGAAGAAAUUGGGUGGAACAAGAUUUGUAAUGUCUACGACAAGUUUUGUCGUUACAUUGCAACAUCGCUUGCCUUAUCACUAUUUGCUUCUCUUCUGCUACUAGGUUUAUCUAUUUCCUCUCUUUCCAAGAGAACUACAUGAACAAACCGCAAUGAAAAAUCCCUAUCUCGUAACGUGUGUGUAUCUUUUGUGUCUGAUUUGGUUUGUUCGUAAUGUUAUAUUAUUAUGUAUAUCUCUGUAUCUCAUGAUGUUGUUGUAACUUGU